CACUUUUUUGGCGUCUUUCCCCCCAUAAUAAACAUUAUGGUCUUUUGUAUUUUCAGUAAAUGACUACAUUUUUUCUAGUUUAUAUUGUGGUCAAUGGGAGCUCAUGGUAGCAGUGUUACUGGGGUUAUUUUUGUGUUACUACCUUUACCCCUUUAAUAAACGGUCCUGCCAAGGAACCUUUAACUACACCUCUUCCUCUGACCUCCAAUUGAUGUCCUCAUCGGCAGCGCCGGCUUUUUCAAGGAUUGACCUGGAGAAAAGUAUGUAUUCAGACCAUGAGCUUCAGCUUAUGAAAGAUGCCGAUCGUCUGAAGAGUAAGCAGUCUGGCAUGUAUGAUUCUGAUGAUGAAGAAGAACAGGAUAUAGUAAUGGCACAAGACCUGGAAGAUAUGUGGGACCAAAAAUGGAAACAAAUGAAACUUGCGCCAAGAGUAACAGAAGCCGAUGAAAAGAGUGAUCUGACGUCACUCAACAGAAAACUGGAAAACAGCUUAGUCCUUCUGGUUAAAGAGAAGAUUGGGACUGAAGACGUCUGGAUCUUCCCCCAGAUUGAGUGGCAGCCUGGAGAAACAAUGAGGCAGACGGCAGAACGAGCCCUUUCUAACUUGUCAGAAAAUAGCGUAAAGGCUCACUUCCUAGGAAAUGCCCCUUGUGGCUUUUACAAGUACAAGUUUCCCAAAACGAUGCGAAGUGAAGAUACAAUGGGCGCCAAAGUGUUCUUUUUCAAAGCUUUGCUAAAUAGUAAAUCCUGGCUCACAACUAAGAAAAAAGGAGACUAUGUUUGGGUUAGCAAGGAUGAACUAAAGAACUAUUUAAAGCCAGCUUAUUUAUCUGAAGUAGAUAAGUUUGUAAUAGAAAUAUAAUAUGUACAUUUGUGUAAAUUUAAUUAAAAAAAAACUUUUAUAUGACUGAAAAAUA